GCGGGGCUUCCGGCGGCUCUAGGUCACUGUCGCCCGGGCCCAGGUUGUUCUGUGCACUCGCACGUGUGCGCCUGAGCUGCCGUUGUCUUCGCUAUGUUCUCCGUGUUGCGCGGCUUGCCCCGCGCCCUGGGCUCCGCGGCCGCAGGCCUCCGCGUCUCCGCGCCGGCCCCGACGCUCAGGCAGUUGCUGCAGCCGGCGCCCCGGCCCAGCCUGCGGCCCUUCGGGCUGCUGUCGGUGAGCGCGGGGCCGCCGCGAAGGCCGGGCCUCCUGCAGCCUACCGGGCCCUGCGCCUGCGGCUGCGGUCUCGGAGCGCUGCACACCGAAGGAGACAAAGCUUUUGUUGAAUUUCUUACUGACGAAAUAAAAGAAGAAAAAAAAAUCCAGAAGCAUAAGUCCCUCCCCAAGAUGUCUGGAGGCUGGGAGCUGGAAGUGGAUGGGACAGAAGCUAAAUUGGUGCGGAAAGUUGCUGGGGAAAAGAUCACCGUCACUUUCAACAUUAACAAUAGCAUCCCGCCAACAUUAGAUAUAGAGGAGCAGUCCUCAGAGGGGCAGAAGGGCGAAGAGCAAGAGCCUGAACUGACAUCAACUCCCAAUUUUGUGGUAGAAGUUACCAAGAGUGAUGGCAAGAAGACCCUUGUACUGGACUGUCACUACUCAGAGGAUGAGGUUGGAGAAGAGGAGGAGGCCGAGAGUGACAUUUUCUCUAUCAAGGAAGUGAGCUUUCAGGCCACAGGCGAGUCUGAGUGGAAGGACACUAAUUACACGCUCAACACUGACUCUUUGGACUGGGCCCUGUAUGACCACCUAAUGGAUUUUCUCGCUGAUCGAGGCAUAGACAACACCUUCGCAGAUGAGUUGGUGGAGCUCAGCACAGCCCUGGAGCAUCAAGAGUACAUUACUUUUCUUGAAGACCUCAAAAGCUUUAUCAAGAGCCAAUAGAGUAGUCAGAGACACCAGAGACCUUAAUUUUAUGGAAAACUUGGGCCAGGGAACAAAACCUUCCCUGGCACCAGACACACGUGCUUUGCAGUGGUUAUUAUCCUAACAUCAUGGGGGAAAAUAGCAAGCGUAAAUUACUGCUGUUGUACGCAAAGAUUUAAUUCCAGGAUUUUUGUAUAACAUAAUGGACAUUACAAUUGUUUCAUCUCC